AUGAAACAAAUCGAUCCUCUCUUCUACGCAUAUCCGGUCACCUAUACGAAUACGGCAGAAGUUUUCAAGAAUAUCAUCGAUGAAGUUAAAAUCCCGGACUUCCGAAUUCUUAUUUACAACGGUGAUGUGGACACAGUGUGCAANAGCGAUCCUCUCUUCUACGCAUAUCCGGUCACCUAUAAGGAUACGGGACCAGUUUUCAAGGAUAUUAUC